UCUGUCUCCCUGACCGCAAACACGCGCACGCACGCAUCUUGCUGUUCUGUCAGCCUUAGCAACAGGGAAACAAGACUCUCCCAUUGGCUUCAGCUCAGCGUUCAGCUGUCUUCUAUUCGCCCUGCUCACUGCCACUCAGGAGGGAAACUGCCCGAAGACUGCUGCGGAUACAAGGGCAGCAGGGCUGGGUAGGGUCUGGCCUGGGUGCGCAGUGGAUGCUGAAGGAGAAAAAACAUCGCCGUUUGCAGUCGUUAUGGACGUAUAAUCACCUUAAUCAUCAGUAAUUCUGCAGGGAAGCACCAUGCUGACCAGUAUCACGGAAGGGAUACUGUGCUGCCUAACUGGGAAGGCUGCCAGUCUGGUCUUGCCCCUGGAGUCAUCAGAACCCUCUGAUGGCUUUGAGUUUGUGGAGGUGAAACCUGGGAGAGUCCUGCGGGUGCGGCAUAUCAUCCCUGAGCGUCAGCCCACAGUAACAGAAGAGCAAGUUGCAGGCAAGGAGAAGACGGACAGUGGCUGCGAUGAUGACAGCUCUCCUGAGGAUUAUAAUAAGGAGAGCAAUACCGGCAGCAGUGUCCACUGCAAGAGGAAGAUCACCGUCUACCGCAACGGCCAGCUGGUGAUUGAGAAUCUCGGUGAUGUGUUGCACUCUGAGAUCCUGCAGUGUCAGGAUGGGGAUCUGGAACCCUGUAGCACUGUGGAGGUGGAGCUGGCUGACUACAAAGAAAUGGCCUCUUCUCCUGACCCCAAUCCUGUACCUCCCCCAGUUCCUCCACCCCCUGGGGAACAGAAACCUGCUCCACCUCCUCGCCGUCGUCGCCGUAAGCCCAAGCGCACAGUGCUAAUCGACUCAAAGAGGGUGAUCUCAAGCUGCAAAGGGACACACUCGGACGUAGCGCUGUUCUUCGUGCAUGGGGUGGGAGGCUCACUGGACAUUUGGAGCAGCCAACUGGACUUCUUCUCCCGAUUGGGCUAUGAGGUAAUUGCGCCGGACCUGGCGGGCCAUGGAGCCAGCACUGCCCCACAGAUUGCAGCAGCUUAUACUUUCUAUGCCCUGGCAGAGGACCUGCGUGCCAUCUUUAAGAGAUAUGCACGUAAACGCAACAUUCUCAUUGGCCACUCAUAUGGAGUGUCAUUUUGCACCUUCCUGGCCCACGAAUAUCCUGACCUUGUCCAUAAGGUGGUGAUGAUCAAUGGUGGGGGUCCCACAGCUCUGGAGCCAAGCCUCUGUUCCAUCUUCCAGCUGCCAUCUUGUGUCCUUCACUGUCUGUCACCCUGUUUGGCAUGGAGCUUCCUCAAAGCUGGAUUUGCCCGUCAGGGUGCCAAAGAAAAGCAGUUGCUGAAGCAGGGAAAUGCCUUCAAUGUGUCUCCAUUUGUCCUGCGUGCCAUGAUGAGUGGCCAGUACUGGCCUGAGGGGGAUGAGGUCUACCAUGCUGAGCUCACUGUGCCCAUCCUUCUGGUUCAUGGCAUGUGUGACAAGUUUGUGCCCAUGGAUGAGGACCAGCGCAUGGCAGAGAUCCUCCUGUUUGCAUUCCUAAAAGUAAUUGAGGAAGGAAGUCACAUGGUCAUGAUGGAGUGUCCUGACACCGUCAACACCCUCCUCCAUGAGUUCUUUCUAUGGGAGCCUGACAUGUCCAGAAAAGACAGCUGCAAGACAGACAUAGAGAAGACUGUCAGUGACACUCUCCAGACAAUGAAAAUCAAUAAGUUUAUGGACAAAUAACCAACAAGGAGUCUGGUUUCAUCACAGAACCAAGCAGAAGGCCUUUUUCGACAUGUGUUCUUAAGGCUGCUCCUAGGCUGAGAGCUGUUAUAUACAGGGCCACAUCUUAAGGAUGCGGACGGCCACUGGUGCUCCAAGAUAAAGCAGGACUUAUGGCAUUGUGCCAAGUAGAGAAUGAUGGACAGAACAUAAAGAUGAGAGGAACGGAUGCAAAUACACAGUCAGUUUCCGCUUUGCUUUUUGAUUUGAGUUUGUGCUCCAUCAAACGAUGUUCGCAAAAUGACACAACAUCUGGAGGUCAAAGGGACUAUGUCCAUUUGUGAUUUGUGUUUGAAAUGUUUCUGGUGAAGAACUGACUACUACAAGAUGCAAGAGGCAUAAAAUCCAAGAAAUGGUGUCUGAAUUUCCUUGCCUUUGUCUUACAUAUUCUGUAAAGUACUGCAGAGCUUCUGUUCUACCUUUAUGAAGAGGCUAUUAACUUAGCAUCGGGCCCCUCUUACAUCUGCUUUCAAUGGAAAACUGGCAAAGUAAUAUGUAGUAAACUGAGAAAUAUCACAGGUAUGAUUUGCCAGUAUGAUGAUGAAGGACAGCUUAUGAUGAAAUGUAAGCGUUGAUAAUGAUAGUUUAUUAUUAAAACUGACUGGAUGGUAGUGGGAAAUUGGUUAAAGACAGUAGAUAUAUACAUGCAAAAUGUAAUUAAUAAUUGCACUAAAUGCAUAUUUAAAUUACAUUACGCAUGAGGCAGAGACACUAAUUCAUGGCUCACCUGCAAUCCAGCCUCCCAAUAACUAACUCAAGCACUGUGCAGUGUACGCUAUCUGAAAGAUGAAGACUCAGUCACAGCUUUUGUCAAUAAAAUUGGCUCAUCUAUUUCCAAAUUAGAGCCAUUUAUUUUCCAUAUAAUGAACUCUUAUAUAAACUCUAAAACCAAAAAGCUAUGUGUGUCUAUGUUAAGCACAAUGUAACCAAUUCAUCAGUUCAUAGUUGCAUGAAAAUGAAAUAAUAUUCAAUGAGAGAUCUAUGUGAAAUGGUUGCAAAAACAGACAUGGAUUCCAAAAGGUUGUCCUCCUUUAUUCUAACAGCCCAUUCUCCUUCAAUAGUGUUUAAUAUCCAAAGGAUGCAAAGUACCAGGACCCUGCAUGAGCUCAGAAUAAGAGAGAGUUGCAAUAUAUUGUCAUAUUGAUAAUUUCCCAGUGCACUUCUCUUUAAUCAAAUGGGUGUUCCUCUUUAUGUGUAAGUAUUACUUUGCCUUUAAUCUAAAAUAACAGCAACUGCCAUAAUAAUUUGUGGUUGUACUUCAAGCUGUUGUGUCUCUUAGCUGAUUAAUGCAAAACCAGAGUGUGUUCCCCUACUACUCUCCAGUCCACCCUGUUCAUGUAAUGGUGUAAGACUGAAAGAAUGAGCUAAACAUAUUGCUCAGUGAAAGACAUUCAUUCAUGGGUGUUGCUUUGUCCCAUACUGGGACUGUAAGGUGCGAGUUAAAGCACAGUCUAAUAUGCUCUCAGACCAUGCUUAUCAGUUGCGGAAGGUGUAACUGGUGAAUUUGAAACUGGGUGUCCAAUGCUUAGAAUCAAAUAUGAGUCAGCCAAAGGAGAAAGUCCCUUUAGAAAGAGGGACAUUCAUACUCACCAUGUUGGUCUGUUAUAUAUGCAUUUUGACAGAAUGGAUGCAACAUGACCGGUCUUAUGCAACUGGAACAAAAUAGGGAGAAAUAGAGUGGAAAUAAACUGACCUGGCACUGAUGCCAGACCUUUCCAAAAACCAACAAGUGCUGCUGAUGCAAUGUACUGUACUAUACGUAUGUCUCCUUUGAUGUAAAAGGUCAGUAAAACUGUAUGGACUACAGGGUGCACAUGUACUUCCUCUUAUGCUAAAAGUGUGCAUAUACAAAUUGUCAGUGCUCCAAUGUGCUAUAUCUUUUUGUGGUUAACAAAAUGUGUUAAUGUUACUGUUGCAUUUAUUCAUGGGAAUCAUAAUAUAUGCACUGCCUGAAUGUAGAUGCAUAUAACAUUAUAUAACCUAUCAAAACAGUUGG